UUGGGUUUUCAAUUUCACAAGCCCAGUUCUCUGCUUCAGGUAAAUACCCUCUCCGUUUCUUCUCUUUCAGAGCAUGUCUUCUCUCAGUCUCUGUUGCAUAAAGUUAUUUCUGUAGAUGAAGAAAAAGUAAGUUCAGAAGUGUGGAGCUGCAGUGGAAGAAGACAUGAGCUCUGGGAGGCUGAGGAACUUGGUGGCCUCUGUAGCCAUGGAAGGGGUGGCCAAUGCAAGGGCAAGGAUUUUUGGGCAUGUGCUUAACCCCACGGGUGAGAGAUCUGCUCACAAAAUUCUACGGAAGAAGUUGAUUGGAGACAAGGUUGCGCAAUGGUACCCACAUGACAUCAGAAAGGAUGAUCCUCUUGUCAUGGCACAAGAAGAACAAGAGCGGUUGAGCAAGCUAGAAAUGUUGAAGCGUCGUGGAAAGGGACCACCUAAGAAGGGCCAAGGAAAGCAGGCCAAAAAGCGGAACAAAUAGAGACUUUAUUGUCUCCCCAAAUUGGUUAGCAGCUUGGGAAUCAUCUGAAUUACUUUCAGGGAAAACAAGAUCACUCACUAGUAACAAUCAAUAGUUGCUUCAAGCAUUAGUGCUUUUUAUUCAAAAGCAGCUAGCUUUCCUCUCCGAUAUCAUAUGUUCUGGUAUUUCUUUGUCAACCUUUUAAAAUGCAGACCAAGAUUCAGCCAUUUUUAGAUCUAAAUGUGUUUAUUACUUUAUUCAGAAUGGAAGCAAUAUAAAAGCUAGUGUCAGUGCCCCCAUUUUGCAA